GCGGCCAGCCGCCCCUCCCGCGCGUUCCGUCUCUUAGUAACCAGUCGCUCGCCCCUUCCCACCGCUUCCGACUCCUUGCAGGCAGCUGCCACACCUGGAUGGAACACGCAUGCGCAGAGCUGGGUCUCUUUCCGCAGCCUUCAACCCUGGAGCACCUGCUGCUUCGCGGCCCCCGCUUUGUGUCACUUUUCCCAAGGAUCGGGCACCAUUCUGGACCUACGUACAGUAAACCCGUUGCUCCCCAGAACGGCUCGCUGGAGCUUGGAGGUCGUUGUGCUCUCCUGCGGCCGCGCAGAGCCAGUUUUGGGGGGGAGCCUCCUCCUGCUGCAUCCCCCUCGAUAAAUAGAUAACUAGGUUUUUGUAACUGUUCUCUGACGAUCUUCAUAUACUGUACACCUGUGCAUUUUAAGAGUAGUCUCUCAUUUGAAGAUACUAACAAUCCCUGUUUUGCCAGCUAUCAAGUUGAAGAAAUACUUCCACUACGUAAAGCGUUAUCUGAAAAUCACCUUGGUAUUUGUUCAUCUGUCCCAAUGGGAUUUUCUCUGAGUAAAUCUACUACUCAGGUAUCUGCUAUGCAUUUAGAUUCAAAAGUGGAUGAUCACUUAAUCCAAGGGACUGAGAAAAGCAAGCUGGAACCAGUGACUCAAUUAUUCCAAAACACGAAGAAAAUAAGAUUAGAAGACACAAACCAAGAAAUCUUUACAAAGACUAAAGAAACUGGCACAAGAGCUCUUUCAGAGGAAGACUUGGGUUCAGUGGUAUAUGUUAAAGAAUGUGAUGGAAUAGAAAUGACAGAUGUGGAAUGAAGUCAUUUGUACCUGUUGUCAAAGAAACCAAAAAUUGCUUUUGACAAGGUAUGUUGAAUGAGAAAACCUUAAUAAGAAAACCUAACAAAAUGAAGAAAAAGAAUUGCUUAUUUUUCACUAUUUUUCAAUCACCUUUCACUGCAUUUUUUGAUGAUAAGUACUCAAAAAAGUUGCUUUAGGAAGAAAAAGCUUUACAAAAUUCAAAGCAUAUUUCUCUGGUAUUACAUUCUAUCCUUGUCAAAAAUCAGAGUUUUUGAUUAAGAGUAUUUAAAUAGCACCAAAACAUUGUAAUCAUAAUGUAUUUAAAAUUGAUGAAAAACUAAACAUAAACUGUACCCAAACAAUUUGAGAUCAGUAUUUUACACUACUUCUAGUGUACGAAUUUUGUAAUUUUGUAUGUUAUGUUUCCAAUUUGGGAUUUUGCUUCAGGGUGCUGUAAAAGAUCUGUGGUAAUCUGUAUUUUUGUUCUGUAAGUGAUCUGUGUUAAUCUGCAAAAAUCCAGUAAAUUGUGUAACUUCUUUAACAUUCCACAUUUUAAGUUUUCCUUUUAAAGCCUUUUUCCUCCCACAUUGAAUUCACUGCAGUUUGAAAAUAGUUAUUUCCAAGUAUAAUAGUUUAUCUUGCAGGUGCUACCACUUUAUACCACCAAUAUUUACCAUAAGAAAGCAGUCUAGUGUUAAAAAAAUUCUUGUUUCAUAUAUCAGUUUGCCACUGUAAGUAUCUAGCAGUUUGAAACAGCAGUAUUGUUACACGUAAUGUUUGAUGAAAAUAAAGCCAUUUUGUGUCUGGCUUUAUUAUGACCUGUAACUAUAUUAUAUAUGUUUUGGGCAUUUUUUAUAUACUUUAAUUUUUAAUGACUAUCUCUAAUAGCCAAUUGAGUAAUCUCCUUAAUAUUCAUAAAAACAAAGAAAAAAUAUCAUCUUAGGAGAAGUAAUAUUUUAUAAAUCAGAAGAAUGCUAAACAAAAGUAGGGACUAAUCAACCUAGAGUAAAAAUAAUUGUUGAAUGGAACAUAAGCCAAUAAGAUGAUGCUUUUUAUCAUUUACAGAACAUAAUUCUUUGGAAGAAAAAAAUAUAUCUAAAUCAUUUAUUCACCUAACCUGGAACUGUACUGAGUGUUGGGGUAGAGUUGAGUGUAGCCAUUGCCUUCAUAGUAUGUACUAUGUAUUUCCCAAGGAAAGAUAAAAAAUCAGAUUUUUCUGUAAGAUGCAAAUUGUGAUGGGACAGGAUGUAAAACGUUCAGACUUAUCAGGAGACAUAAACUUGACUUUUAAUUGUGCAAAGCAGGAAGGCUUCUGUGAGGACAUGAUAAUUAUAGUAGUCAUACUGCUGUCCAAGUGAAAUGAUGUUGGUCAAGAUGUUGAGAAGGGUAGAUACUCCAGGUAAAGUAUGGCAUGGAGGUUCCCUGGAGGAAAGGGUGACUUCAAGAGCACAGUUUUUAUACAUACCAGGUUUCUAAGACAAGUAGACAGUUGUAUGUAUGGAACUAAAAAUAUAAAAUUGGAAAUUGUACACAAAAGUGUUGUUUAAAGUCAUGAUAAAGAGAUUGCUUAAGGCUAAUGUAUAGAGUGAGAUAAAAUCCUGAGAAACUACAGCGUUUAAGAACUGGUCGGGGCAGGGAAAACUGACAAAGGAGACUGAGGUGUAGAUAAUGAGCUUGGUAGAAAACCAAGACAGGGUAAUGUCAAGAUUCCUAAUCUGAGUUGUUCAUCUUAACUGCAAGGUUAGAUGAAAACGGAAAGGUUCAUUGGAUCAGACCAGCAAACUGAGACCACUGGAGAAGUAAGAUGAGACUGAGUACGUGUUUGAGUGUCAGUGGAAGACUCCAAUAGAGAUGGCUCCAAGGGAGAGCUAAGAAUAACCAAAGGACAGAGGUCUCAGAGCAGUUAGGAACUAAUGGGAUUCCUACUCAAGAAAUUAAGGGGAAAAACUACCAUCUCAAGUUUUAUUAACUAUCUUCUUAUUUUGUAAGAAAGACUAAUUCAGGGCCUCCCUGGUGGCACAAGGGUUAAGACGCAACCUAUGAAGCUAUUGGCAACCACUGCAGCACGAGUUCAAUCCCAGCCAAGGAGCAACCCACAUGGUGCAGCAGACCUCUCCUGACUCAAGUGCUGCUCCCCUCAGCAAUGUAUUUCAGUCAUUCUGCCUGUUCUGUUCCCCACUCUGUCUCUGGUGAAUCCUCUCAUCCCCCACACCUCUGGCCUGUUCCCCAGCUCUUGUAUGCAUAAAUAAAUAAAUCUUAAAAAAAAAAAGGAAAAAAAAAGACUAAUGCAAGUGACUUCAAAAAAAAAGGGUAAAAAUAAAUAAAUGAGGAGCCAUUACAUCUUAUUAUAGCUUUAUUUGGAGUUCUGGUCAUUCAAGUGUCAACAUCAUCACACUGAACACUGGAUGCUUUUUCAAGAUUCAAGUCUUGAUGAUAUCUAUUGUAACUGAAGGAGGGACUGAUUUCUGAGAAGACUGAAAAAGUGACCACAAAUGCUUUGGG